CCAUUGUGGGCAUUAUGAAAUCGAAGGAACGUUUGGUGCGUGGGCAUCGUAGAGAAUCAGUUUUAUUAACCGAAACUGAAUUACAGGAUCUUAGAGACAGCGUACUUUUGAAGGUGCUUAUUGGCGUACAGCCCUUGCAGCCUUUUCGACUGGACUUCUCAUCUUGAAAGUUUUCACUCGUGAAUUCUACAAAAUCGGCAUCACCUUUUUCGUUUUUGGCUUAGCCAUGCUGGCCAUUGCGCUUUGGCGUCGGAGAACCGCUGGAGAUGUAUUUGAUCUGUCCAUCCCAUUCAAAACCAGUGGUGACUGGGUCAUCUUGACUACCAUUGUGACUAUGGCAACGUACAUUGUUCUCCUGAUUCUUCUCUGGAAGCUAUAACGAUACCCUGAAAGCGUCUUUUUUAUUGUACAUAAUCACCGAAAGUUUGGGGCACAAAUAAAACUCUAAACUUUUUUCGGUAAUGCAAGCGUUGUCUUCACGACGCAUUGUAUUACCAUUGUAACUUGAAUUUCCAGAAGAUGACA